UCAUGUCUGCGCCCAUAGAAAAUUGUAUACCACUUCCAGAUCUUCAAAUAUUUAGGCAGCUAUCACGCGAUCAGCUAGUACUAUGCUUAGAAUCGAUACCUGGACGAAAGGACCUGGUCUUAGAGCCAGGACUUAUGCGACUACUUGAUCGUAUAGCAGGAGCAUCACUUCUCAAGCAGCAUGGAGUUGAUAAAAUAUUCAAAUUUGAAGGAAAACCAAUUAGGCAUGGAAAUGAUCAACGGUUGUAUCUAGUCAGACCGGAUAUAGAGACAGUGAAGCAGAUAGCAGAACAUAUUGCUGCUGACAAAACUGCGGGGAAGGAGAGAGUAUAUAGAAUUAUACUCGUACCAAGAAAGACAUUCCUGUGUGAGAACCUUCUGGAACAGGAAGGAGUUCAUGGUUACGUCACUUUAGACCAAUAUUGCCCAAAUUUUCUACCACUGGACAGCGACCUUCUCUCUCUUGAGAUGCCUGGGUUUUUCAGAAGCUUUUUCUUGGAUGGCGAUCAGACUUAUGUACAUACAGUGGCGGAUGCUCUUAUAAAUUUACAGUCUGUGUUUGGAACCAUUCCUAAUGUGUAUGCAAUAGGCAACUGCAGCAAGAUGGUUUAUGACAUGAUGGAAACAUUAAGGGAAGAUCGCGGUGCCCCAGCGGCGCUCAAGAAUGAGAUUGGUCAUCUUGUGCUUAUUGACAGAGAUGUGGACUACAUUACACCGUUAUGCUCUCAACUGACGUACGAAGGACUCCUGGAUGAAAUAUUUGGGAUUAACAGUGGAUACUGCGACUUUGGACCAGAGGUUAUGGGUAAAGACCAGACAAUACGGUUGCUGCUGACAUGCCAAGAUGAGGUAUUUGACGAUAUUAGAAAUAGACAUUUCUCAGGCGUCUUCAACUUUCUGAGCACGAAAGCAAAAGAACUGGCAUCAGAUUAUGAAAAACGGAAAAACCUGGCGACCGUCGGUGAGAUGAAAGACUUUGUUGCUAAUAAAUUGAAAGCAUUAAAGGCACAGCACAAGUCUCUCGCAUUACACAUUGGAGCUUCAGAACACAUUAUCAACGUUAAAGCAAAGACCGACUUUGAAGAACACUUGCGAACUGAACACAGUUUGUUGGACACAAGUCAAAUAAAAGAGAAUAUAGCUUAUAUAGAAGAGGCAAUCAAUAGACAGUAUCCACUGAUGCAGUCUCUGCGUCUGCUUUGCCUCAUGUCACAAGUUCUCAACGGCUUACCAAAGAAUGACUACGAGGGACUGACAACACAGUUUCUGCAGAGCCAUGGUUUCGAACAUAUGUUAACGUUCCUUAAUCUGAAGAAACUUGGGCUGUUGACUGAACAAGAGCCGAGCAAAACAGUGGACAGUAUGAUUAAAACUGGCAAAAUGACGGCUGCGGGUGCCAAGGUAGCCACAACUGUAGCCAGUGCGAUACCUCGCACCACCUCAAAUUACAGCCAAGUCUGUCGCAAGUUAAACCUGAUACCAAAAAUAGAGGAAGUGGACCUUAAGAAUGCAACGGACAUGUCAUACGUGUUUAGUGGAGCAUUCACACCAAUCACAUGCAGACUUGUAGAGAAGAUACUCGCAAAGGAGGGAUUCGAUGGGUUAGAUGACGUCAUGAAGCUACUGCCAGGACCGAAAUUCUGCAACAUCAAAGCUAAAUCUGUGAAAGACUACCGAUUCAUAAUCGCCACGACCGCGAUCAUCACGGGCACUCGACUCCUAGAGGGCGUCAUGGAGUCGUGAAGGUCAUGGGAAGGUCACGGGAAGGACGCGUGUGCGCCGCUUGGUGGCGCGGCAGGCAGCGAGAUCACACAAGCCUAACUGAUCAUUCGAUAGUCGUGCGAUAGGUCGAUGAUAGGUCGUCGAGGUUGCAGAUCUAGAAAGUGUUAGAGAAUACGAGAAGAUGAGAGAGA